AUGAACGAAAUAUCUUCAAUGAUAAACGGUUCCUCAAUUGAGCAAAUCAAAAUUAUUAAUGUUAAGCAAGAAGAUAUAGGAAACACGGAAACAAAAGAUGUAGACAUUGUUAUUUUGAACGAGACAAUUGAAGUAAAUAUGUUGGAUACCCUACUACAACUGUAUCCUGAGGUUUUCCUGGUAACUGUAGGUGGCAACAUGCUCUCUGAAAACAUUUCGUCAUCGUAUGUUCAAGUCUCGGCGGUUGGCAAGGAAGCAUCAAGGUUGUCGUUGUUACGUAAGAAGUCGAAACCUCUGUCAGCCGUUGCAGUGACUGUGGCCAGACCUGAGGAUCUGCAAUGCUUGGUAGUGGCUAGGGCUAACUUACAACCUCACCAAAAACUGGUAGCGUUCACCUCGUACCCUCCACCUGGUGAUUUGAAACAACUUGUGAAGCAAUGGAGAAGUCAACAGGACCGUAACCAAGUGUUCCUAGCGAUGGUGAACGAUAAGUAUAAAGUAGAUUUGAAGCAACUUCCGAGUUUUGAGCUGCCGUUUAACAUAUUUUAUGAGAAUACUUGGGGUGGAGAAUAUUACACGCCAUCAAAUAACUGUUCAUAUGAUUGUGCCGCAGCUCUUCAGUGUCGUCAACUUGGUGAUAUUAAUUCUUUAUACUGGUUGCAAAUUCCCAACGCUCGUAAACAGGAGGCUGACGACAUUGAUAUACAGGUGCACUACGCCGAACUGAACAGCUACGACGCUCAGCGUUUGUUGGCUCGGUUACCAGUAAAUAAAGAUGAACAAAAGGGUUUUGGAAUGAGUUUCAGCGGCAUCACUGAAAGGUUUCUGUUACCUUAUUUAUACAUAGGAGAUUAUGUAAUGGGCAUAACGCCUACAUCAGGCAGUGUGUCGGCCAAGAUCCGGUCGCCCGUUCAAUACCUGUGGCCAGUUCCAUCUCACUGGAGCCUAGAAGAUGCGGCCACAGUCCCGCUUGCCUACACCAUCGCGUUUUACUGCCUGGGUAUCAAGAGCCUUCUGGUGGCGGGCACGUGUGUGCUGGUGCAUGGCGGUGCGGGCGCGGUGGGACAGGCCGCCAUCGCCGUCGCGCUCGCCGCCGGCUGCCGAGUCUUCACCACCGUCAGCGACCACCACAAGAAAACUUUCUUGACGAAGCUCUUCCCUGAUUUACCAGCUGAACACAUAGGAAAUUCUCGUAAUGAUUCAUUCAAAACGAUGGUCAAGUAUCAUACUAAGGGCAAAGGUUGUGAUAUCGUCUUGUCUUGCGUGAAGGGGUUCCUAAAAUCUGUAAGACCAAAAAUAAUUCAAGAAUCUUUUUCAAACUUUGAGAUCCGAUUGCAAUUAAAGUUUAUUUCAGGCUUCAUUAUCUUGUUGCGGCUUUGCCGGAUUAGCAUUUGAUUUGACUCAAAUACAAAACCAGGAAAAUUAUCAAUUUGGAUUGUAUAACCUCGCUUUCGCAAGAUCAUACACUACUAUUACCAUUCCAUCUAUAUUUGAUGAUCGAAACAUCGAAGAAUUUAAAAAAAUAAAGUUGAUGAUAAGUGAGGGAAUCCGCUUGGGCUACGUGCGUCCGCUGUCGCGCGUGACGUACGCGCCGCACGAGGCCGCGCGCGCGUUCCGUCUGCUGGCCGCCAGCCGACACCGCGGCAGGGUGCUGCUCAGGAUGCACGACCAACUGCCCCCAGCACAGCCCAGAUUAUCUUUUUCAAAUAACUCAUGCCACGUGAUAUUUUGUGACAAGGAUGGGUUUGGUUUCGUGCUUGCUGAUAGACUAGUCGAACGUGGAGCUCAGAAGUUGUUUCUACGUGUUCCUAAUAUUUCAAGUUAUUCUUUGUUCAAAA